UCGUACCUGCGUUGGAUGAUUCCGUGUGUUUGUGUGUGGAGCAGAUAAGGGGAUCCCCCCUUGUUUCCAAAACGACAUGGAGAUGCUGAGAGACGUCAGGCAAUCCUACCACGACACAGAGAAGGGGAACAGAGGCGUGUCCCUGCCCAGUUUGAGCACCAGUGGCGGACACUGGGGUAAUGUGGAUCCCUCUCUGUCUGCUGGAUUACUCAGUGCCAGGACCUCCUGCCAACCAAUACCUCCAACAAACAGUAGACCGAGAACAAGAAGUGUGGUCGUAUCAUCCACUCCCUCGUAUUGCCUGCUGUCUGUGGCUGAGUCUACCCAGCUCAGCCAAUCAGCUCCGAGCGUCAUGGAACCCCUGCUGUGUUCAAACACCAUGAUGCAGGCCAGAGCACAUGUCCAGACUCGUCUGGGCUCUCAAAACAAUGUGACUGAAGUAAAUGAUCUCUUGCCAGCUCCGCACCCCCGGACACCGAAGCUCCUGGCACCCCUGGACAGCCGACUCAGAGACACCACAGCUCCGUUGGUGCUAAAGCAACACGUUCCGCUGAAGCCCAUCUCUCGUAGCCUCCUGUGCUCCAGGACCAGGUUGAGGAGAGAGCGGCUCUCCUGUGCCAAUCCACACAAUGGCCCUCUGAUUGCUAAGACUGACAGUGAGGAAACCCGAUCCAGCAGCACUAGCACCAGCAGCCACAGUUCCUUCAAUAUCGAGGAUGAAGAUGUUGACAGGAGUGACCGCAGUGCUUGUGGAGAUAGCAAUCCAACGCCUUUAGGGGACGUGCUUCUGCAGCAUUUGAAGGAUAUGGCCUCCACCAAGACUGAUCUUGCUGGAGAGAAAAGGCUGAAUGUGAGAGAUCAGUCAAGGAUCAAUGACGAUGAACUGACUCACAGAUCAAUUCGUGACUGCGAGGGAGGUCUUAACUAUCACACAAAGGACGUUCUGAGCACUGAAAGAGUCAUAAAAGCUUGUUGUGAAUACAACGUUACAAAUGUGAAUUUUACAAAAGAAUCCUUUGACAGCUUGUCCUUGAAAAUGGCGGAUUGUGCACGAAACGGAGAGUCUGCAGCUUCGCAUGUGGAAACCAUAAACAACGUACUACCUUUCACAUCUGACUCUGAGGAGGAAGAGGAGAGUGUGGACUUCACCACAAAACCUGACAUAGAGAUCAGCCAAUGCACUUUAAAUGAUAAUCAAGAUGGCUCCAUUGCAUGUUCAGAUUGGAAAUACAGAAAUAUACGAAAACCUCCGAAACAGACAAUAGAUUCUUCUACUGAAAAGCAUCAGCUAGAAAAAACAAUGGACGGGACAAAAAAAGCCAGCACGGCUGUGAGGAAAGCUCCAUACUUCACAGCAACUGCAAGUUUUAAUGUGUCUGAGAACACAUUCACAGCCUUAAAGCAUAUCCACAAUAACGAAAAAAGAACUGACACAAACCAUAAGCAGAACGCAAGUAUUCAAACUAACUAUUACCCCAAAAUACUGUCGCAAAAAGAUCAAAAUAAACCAAACGGGAACCAGUCCAAAGGUUAUCCAAGGUACCCCUCACUUUCUUCAAAAGUCACAGACAAAACCAGGGAAAGCCCUGAGCUCAUUGUUCGCAAAGAGAGCGCUGUAGCUAAAGUCAAAUCAAAGAUGAGACCAGCUAAAGGCGCUAAUUUCAACAUAAAUGUCCCAUCCUCCAAGAAGAAGACUGUCGAUUAUUCACCGAGCAAACGAGUGCACCCUGACAAGCAGAGCAGCAACAACACACAGCAGCACACCCCAGCUCGGGAGCUCAAAAGUGCCAGACAGGAGAAGAAACCCAAUGUUGCUGAUGAUAUUCCAAGGUCUAAGUCUGCUGUGGACCUCAUCACCUACAAAGACAUGUUUCAGCAGAUGCAGAGCGGGGAUGAAGGACCUGCCAUUUAUGAGAUGUUCGCAGGCCCUAUUUACGAUAACAUCAGAGCAUCCAGCUCCUGUGGGAGGCUCAAAGAAAGACAUGUACAAUCAGCUCCAUCAAGAAAACCACAGCAGAUCAACAAAGUCAAACACAAGCUUCUGAAGCCAACGCAGAGUAAGAUGAGGAGAAGUCCAGGAGAGAGUAUGGUGGUUUCUGCUAAGAGCAAAGCAAAACCUGUCCCCCCUAAGAUGAAACCACACCUCAUGCCUGUGUCAAGAAAGGGCAAUCACAAAACAAAGCAGACUGUUAGCACGCAGCCUGAGUUAGCACUUGCUAAAGAUGUUGGUACUUGUCCAAAGGGUGAUAAUGACAAAGAAGAAAUUUGCACGUUAUCGACUAUACAUGAGUCUAAACAUGGGACUGCCACAUUAAAAUCUCCUGACAAAACCCCGAUUACACAAAAGACACCCUCUCAAACUAAAAAUUCUAGGUACAUACAAACAAACUUGCUGGAAAUGGUGGUUAAACCUUCACCGGAAAGUCCAAACCAAUCGAAUUCUGAAGUACCUCAAAGCCUUCAACAACCGAAGAUCAACACAUGGACGUCGGACAGCAGCAGCAGCCACACCACUAUCUCACCUGUUUACCGGAAGUUUCUGGACGAGGUUGGAGAUGGGCCGCUGACCGAAGACCUCCUGCAGUGUCUGGCAGAGGAGCUAAUCUCCUUAGAUGAAAGGGCCUUAUCUGUGGGCCAGCUAUCAGAAAACCUGGAGCAAAGCAGGGAGGAGUCGAGCCAAGGGAAAGAUCCAAUAUCCAGGCAAAACCCGCUGCCUGAGGUUGUUUCAGCAGACUGCGGUGCCUUGUUUGGCUCCGGUUUUGCUGGGGAUCACUCCAUCACAUGGACAAAGGGUGAAGUACUCGGCAGAGGAGCCUAUGGCACAGUUUACUGUGGCCUGACCAGCCAGGGCCAGCUGAUCGCUGUGAAGCAGGUGAGCCUGGACUCCUCCGACCCCGAGGCCGCCAAGAAGGAAUACAAUCGUCUGCAGGGGGAGGUGGAACUGCUCAAAACCCUUCGACACAUCAACAUUGUGGGCUUCCUGGGGACGUCGCUCUAUCAGCAUGCAGUGUCCAUCUUCAUGGAGUAUGUUCCAGGAGGAUCGAUUGCGAGCAUCCUGCACAGAUUCGGCCCACUGCCCGAGAGAGUCCUGGCUCUUUACACUCAGCAAAUCCUUGACGGGGUGGCUUACCUUCACCUGAAUCAGGUCAUUCAUCGAGACCUGAAGGGAAACAACAUCAUGCUGAUGCCAACUGGAGUCAUUAAGCUCAUAGACUUUGGGUGUGCAAGACGUCUCAGCUGUCUGAAUCACACAGCGAGCAACAGCGGAGAUCUGCUGAAGUCGGUUCACGGCACCCCGUACUGGAUGGCCCCAGAGGUCAUCAACGAGACAGGAUAUGGAAGAAAAUCCGACAUAUGGAGCGUGGGCUGUACGGUGUUUGAAAUGGCCACGGGAAAACCACCGCUGGCACACAUGGACAAGAUGGCUGCCUUAUUCUACAUCGGGGCUCAGAGAGGCGUGAUGCCCUCCUUACCCGCUGGGUUCUCAGAAGAUGCCAAGGACUUUGUGAAAAUUUGCUUGACGAGCAACCAGAAACUGCGCCCUGAUGCUGAUCAGCUUCUAAAGCAUUCCUUCGUCCCCCAAAAGGAAGCCAACGCCAACUCUCGGGAAACGCAGCUCAAGAGCUGCUGUGGUCACCGUGAAGGACUGUGUGGUUGAGAGACUCAAGAGGACAUUUGAUGCAAUCGCUGACAGACACUGAACACAUCUUAUCCACCCCAACCUUACAAUUCAUCUGUGACAAUGCCGCAGUAAAUUCAAGGACUACAGACUGAUGUAAAUAUGUGCUCUUACACAGGGAGACAAUAUGUAUAGAGAUGAUUAAAUAAUACAUUUUUGUAACUGAAUACAUGUGCCAAUCUGACAUCCUGUUACUAGAGGUCUAGGUUCUGAUAAAAUGCUUUUGAAAAUAACACUAUACAAUUUAAACUGCUUGUCAUUUUCUUAUAAUAGGCUACUAGACGUUUUCAUUUAGUCAACCAUCUCAGGCAUUAAUUAAAGACAUAGUUCAUGUACUCAAGGGACAAAAUGACAAAAAAACAAACAAACAAAAAAAAAUCAGAAUGUAUACUGUGUCAGGGUAGUGGCAACU